GCGCACACACACGCGCACGCGCACACACACACACAUGCGCACACAAACACGCGCACACGCACAUCGCCUCUCUUAAUGUUUAACCUCAGCAUCGGGGGCUCAAAACAGGGACUGACCAUGAGUCGGGCCACUUCGAGGAACGCGUGCAGUGGGUUACAUACGGACGUUCUGGCUUCUUCCCAUGGGCAAAUGUGGACAUGCCGCUGCUGUUCUGAGCCACCCAACGCAGUAGAGCGCUCCCUGGCGUUCAUUUGUGUGGAGCAGACAGCGCACAUUCGGCGUGUGGACUCACUUUAGGUCGGCUCAGCCAUAAACGAGUACCUGAUGCGGCGCGUAAACAUGAGCCGGGCUGGCUCGGUUCUGGACAGACCAGCCCCUCGUGCGCCGUGCCUGCUUUGCAUAGGCGCUCGCUCGCUCGCUAGCUCACGGCACUUGCCACAACAGCCGGCGUAGGCUACACGGGGAACCUUUGUCUGUGCAUCCAUGUGCUGUGCAACGCAGGUGAGCAGCAUUUGCAACUUCCCUUCGAAGUGCAAAUAGCGCUACGGGCAUCUCAAAAGCAGCAGCAGCGUCGUCAUCGUCGUCCGUCAUCAUCAUCAUCAGCAGCAGCAGCAGUAGCAUCGUAAUCAUCGUCGCCGUCAUCAUCAGCAGCAUUGCUCGAGAUCUUCAAAGCUCCGCGGCGCUUGAGAGGCGUCGCGCUGCGUCGCCACCGCGGUGAGAACGCGGAGCGCGUAGCCGUCGCUCGCCGGGAGCCCCUGGCGCGAUCUCGCCCCACGCGGGCCCCGCUCCGUGCACGACGCGCAGCUUGAAGACCUCUCCCUCGACCACGCGCGGGCCCAACCCAACGCCUUCCAUGGCCCUCUCCACGAACCUCAGCGACGCCUCCUCGCCCAACGCGAGCCGCUCCUGGGCCCAGGAGCUGCAGUGGGAGGAAGACGAGGGCUUCCUCGUGGCCGAAGUCCGCUACGCGUUCAUCGUCGCCUACGCCCUCGUGUGCCUCUUCGGCGUGGCGGGCAACUCGGCGGUGCUGGUCGCCGUGUGGCGCCACCGCGGCCGCUGCUCGGCUAUGAGCAUCCUCGUGGGGAACCUGGCGCUGGCCGACGUCCUCGUGGCGCUGCUGUGCGCGCCCUUCACGCUCGCCAGCACGCUGCUCGACCGCUGGGCGUUCGGGCCGGCGCUGUGCCGCGCCGUGCCCUUCCUGCAGUGCCUGGCCGUCAUGGUGUCCACCCUGAUGCUCAUGUCCAUCGCCGCGCUGCGCUGCCGCGUCAUCAGCCGGCCGCUGGCGACGCAGCCGCGCGGCCGCUCGGGGCUCGCGUGGAGCGGCGCCGCGUGGUUGCUGGGCGCCUGCGUGUGCGCGCCCGUGCCGGCCUUCUACGCGCUGCAGGACAUGGGCGAGGCGACGGGGCUGAGCAGCAUGAGGUCGCGGUACGCGUGCGUCGAGUCGUGGCCGCGCGCGGCCGACCGCGUGUGCUUCUCGGUGGCGCUGCUGACGCUGCAGUACGUCAUCCCCCUCGCGUGCCUCACCGCGAGCCACACGCGCGUCUGCGUGCGGCUCAGCUCCACCACCGCCGCAGCCGCCGCCGCAGCGGCGGCCGCGUCCGCGUCCGCGUCCGCCGCCGCGUCGGUGAUUCCGCAGACGCGCAUCACCCUGGUGGCCGUGUCGGCGCAGGAGAACAGGAUACCGGGCGGCGGCGAUGGUGACCACGACGACGACGGCGAGGAUGAUGACGACGACGGUGCCGGCGGGGCCAAGCGAGGCUGGGAGGGGUUUCUGCAGAGGCAGCAGAGGAGCUGGUGCGGCAGGCGCUUGUCCAGCAUCACGCCGAUGCUGGGCACCAAGAGAUCGUGCGCCGGACGCCAGGGCCCAGUGGGUGUGACGGUGGCGGCGGCGCCCGUGUCCCGCACCGCCUCCUCCCGUCUCUCCGAGCAGUCCGCUCACUCCAUGCCGGGCAUCUCGGAGAUCUGCUGCGAGGUGGCACCGGCGCUGACCACGACCCCGAUCGGCCCCGAGCGGCUGAGUCUCCAUCACCACCACCAGCACCACCAGCACCACCACCAUCAGCACCACCACCAGCAGCACCAGCAGCAGCAGCAGCAGGAGCAGGAUCAGCAACACGAGCAGUCUCGGGGCCACGAGCAGCAUUGGGCUCGAGCGUCGUCCCGGCGUAAGCGCAGGCGUUCUCGCACCGUCUACUGCAAGUCGCUGGCCGUCAUCCUGGCGUUCGCGCUCAGCUGGCUGCCCCUGCACGUGUUCCACCUGGUCACAGACUUCGACGACUCCCUGCUGGACAACGGCGCCUUCAAGCUGGUGUUCUGCACCUGCCACCUGCUGGGCAUGAUCUCGUGCUGCCUCAACCCCGUGCUCUACGGGUUCCUCAACAACGGCCUCAAGAAGGAGCUCCUGACCGCCGUGCGCUGCGCGAGGCCCCGCAAGCUGCCCGGGUGACGGGCGGUGGCCAGGAUCGCGCAGACGCAUGCCGGCUUGCGGCCCCGUGCUGUAUGUACACCUUGUUCCGCGCAGGGGUAGCUGCCACCGGCGGUCUCCUCGGCUAGAUUGGAGCAGCAGCAGCUGUGGUCGUGGUUGUAAUGCUUGCGAUGAGGCUCACGUGAGGUGCUCUGGGUUGCUGAUGCGUUUCAGCAAGCGCCCUGUUCGUGCAAAUUCUCAAACCUCACUAACCAGGGGAACGCCUCGGCCUGGGAAUGGUCCCAGUUGUGGUCUGCUCCUCUGUGAGUGGCACACCUUGGGUGUCGGUGUGAAUGUGAUUUAGGACGCUGAUGAUGCUGAUCAGUCCCUUGAUUCAGGAAUCCUCAAUGAGUCUCAAGACUCUUUUUUUCAGGAGGAUCCUGCUGUGUUGGGAAAUUUGGCUAAUUUCAUUCAUGAGUGUUUGGCUUCGUGUGGGAGGAAACCAGAGGACUCGGAUACAAACCCGUGAAGCAUACAAGGGAAUAACACGCAAAGCUCCACACAGAUAGAUUCAAGAAUGCAUUGAUGGCAUUUUCCUGGGCCAGCUCUCCGCUGAAGACUUUAACACCGGGUAUUGCCAGGCCGCCUCCCAAUCCCAGCACCAACCACGCAGUGGAAAUGGGAUGUCAGACGAGGUCAAAAGAAUGGAAUUAAUUUGAGUUGGGUAAAAAUGUACAAAUGCAAAUAUAUAUUCGGAUCGCUCGCCUGCGAUAUCAUCCCGUUUUAGAUUGAUUUGUUUCGGCUACCGGCCGCGUUGUAACGAGUUCAGCUGUCCUCUGUCCGCGGGCGCAUUGUGAACCAUAUCUCCGCGAUGCUUUAUUGCCACCGCCGAAUAUCGCAGCAUCUCAUUUCCUGCUCCCCGCCGCUGUGUUUUUUGUUGUUGUUGUUUCUGGGCAGCAACGCGGACCCUGCCGCCUUCGCCGCCGCCGCUAUAACAGUGAGCCCCAGCCGCAGAUCGUAAUCUCUGCGUUAUUCGCCGCUUACUGCAGAGUGUCGUGGUUCGAACCAUCGGCGGACCACCCUGGUUAUUGCUUGCGUGCGGUGUGUAUGGCGUCGAACACCGCGCCCCGACGGUUAUUUCGAACGGCGCAGGGUGUUGUGCGGUGAUCCACCAACCCUCCCUGCCUCCGCAGUGCUGGAUCGCAGGCCACGUGCAGCAGAGCCACUGGCUAAAUGUAUUAUGACGCCCGAUCCAUCAUUAGCCUCUGUCAGUUCAACGGCCGUGACCAGGACUCGAACUCGGGUUUGCAGUGUACUGCGUGCGUAGGUCAGAAUAAAGCUCGUCAUUUAUGACGUGGUAAUAAUUGUUGUUGUUAUAAUCUUGGUAUUUAUACUGUGUUGCUAAAAGUCCAUUGGCCUUACAGUAGGGGUCAAUGAUUUGCUGCUGCUGCGUGAUCCCAAUUGCGUAAUCUGCGGUGUAACUUUUAGAAUUUGGAAAUGUGGACCAUGAUGCCGGCACAGUGGCUGACUCGUUCCGAAAUACGUCACGGAACAUCCACGUCUACUGCGAAGCAGAGGACGCGUGGCAUUUAAGGUUAAUUCACCCGCGGUGUUAACCAAGGCGGCCUGCCUGCAGUGUUAACCAGGGCGGCCUGCCGGAUUAGACCCGGGUACAUCAGCAACAAGCGGCGAACGCGCUACCGCGAGGCCAUCACGCCGCACCAGUACAGCAAGUGGGUUGACUUCCUUCGUGUGGAAUCUUGUCAAAGAUUCACAUUUUUCCAAAACAAAAGCAAAUCUCCGUGUUGCACUCUCCUUUUUCCGUCAGGUGGUAGGGAGGCGACAGCUGAGACGUUUUGCUCUUCCUUCUUCAGCCCAACCGCCGACUUAUCUCGCGCACGAUGGAGCCAACGCGGCUCAAAUGCCACACCGCGCCGUUGCACCGUCGUUACCCCAGCCAACGGCCGCUCUCCGACCUUUCGGAUGAUCAAUAAUUGAUGGCUCGCGCGCUGCCAGACUUCAUCGACGAGGGCUCGUUCUGACACUGCCUCUCGGCGCUAACUGAGAACAGAGACCGGCGGUGAGUCAUCGAAGGAGCGAGGCACAUCCUCUUCAUCGCAAGCGCCGGUAGCUCUUCGUUGGUAAACGUGUGCUGAAAAGUAAACGUUGUCAAACUACGUA